AUGGGUACAACUAAAGAAGAGGUUCCGCUGACCUCGAGGAAACAUCCGAUUGUUCGUUUCCUAGAGAGUUGCCGAGAUUCGAAAGUUCUGAAGUCCAGUAACGUUGUUUUAAUUGUACUGGCAGUUGUAUCCGCUGUUAGUUUGCUGCUAGUUUAUUCAUCGAUAGAUGAAACUUCCACUUAUUAUGCCCAUAGUUCUACUUUUAACAAGGAGCAGACGCAGUUUUUUGGUGACGUGCUGAAGGCUGUUCGAAGCUUUUCUGUGCAAGGAAAUGAAUUACAACUAAAAGAUGAAUGUGCAUCUCUAAAGAUAGGUAUGAAAGAUGUGGAAUUAUUUGGCAGACUAAAUUCUAAACAACUAGCGAAGUGUGUGGAUAUUAGUACUCAAGCUACAAACAAUAUUACACUUCUACACAAGGCCUUUAAGCUGUAUUUGUAUGAUGUGAUUAUUGAUGAUUUCGAAAUGCUACCUGAGUUUUACAAACACGAUGGAAUCGUUAUUUUGGCUGGCAGCGGGAGUCUUCUUAAUCCCGCUGGUGUGAUCUUUUUUUUAAGAAAUGCGCUCGAAAAUAAUCCCAGGAAACACCUUCCAAUUGAGGUUGUAUUUACUGAGAAGACGGACGCUGCAUUGGAGUUUUGUGGCGGUUAUGUUGAUCAAAAUCAAAAUGUGAAUUGUGUGUUCUUCGAUGAUAUCUUCGACACGGAAACGCUUGCAACCUUCACUCCGGCAAUGCAUAGGCCGCUUGCUUUGCUGGUGUCGUCCUUCUCCCGUGUACUGCUUAUAGGCGACAAGACUUUACCGCUCUCUUUACCUAUUAAAAUGUUCCAUAGUAAUCUGUUUUUUGAUCGAGGCAUGAUCCUAUGGCCCAGUAAUACCCGCAGAAUGCACCAUCCAAAACUUUACGAGUUUUUGGACAUUAAGGUAGAUGAGAAUGUGCGUGUUAGGUACGCAGUUGAUGAUGCUAUUGCACCUAGAUUGGGCGUUAGACCACAGCUCGAUUCCUCCUUUCCGCUCAGCGAUGCCAUGAACUCAAUUCCCGAUAUGAGCACCGACCCCAGUAUAAUCUUGAUAGACAAGAGUAAGCAUUUAGAUCUUAUAAUUAUGGCCUUGUAUUUUAACUACAAUGGCCCUAAGAUCUACUAUCCACUGCUCGGGUAUAAGGAUUCUGCGGAUGCCGAUAAGGAUACUUACGCACUAGCUUCAUUCUCGCUGUCACCAGACAAACAACGCUAUUACCAGGUGAAAAAACCAUCCUACUACCAUGACUACUGGAACACUGAGAUCCCUGCAAUCAAGGAUGCGCUUAACAUCGAAUCGCUGCGCGAUGUUGGUGCUAUCUACCACAGCUACAUUGAAGAUGAACGCUAUUCAAAUGUGGCCCAAGUUAUUAUGGAAAGUAAUCAGAAUGCCUUCUAUGUUCAAUUUGCUAACCACUGGAAUAGUGCUGUGGAGGAUAAGCUCAACAGCAGCUCGCCUGAUCUAAAGUCGAAAAUCAAUGACGAUGAAGGCAUGCACAAAGCCUUCGUUGACUACUAUCGCAAAAACUAUACCAUCGACGAAUAUAUGUUGCUAUUGCAUCAUAGUUCACCAAUGUUUAUUGACUCCUCCCUCGUGGAAGCCAGUCUGAAAAUCCUCCCUGGGUUUAACUCCACCGACAAGCUAAUAAAAUCUGGUAAAUUCAGGAUGUACAAGAACGACUUAGCACACAUUGCAAACAUAGACAUAGAACUUUACAUUUGGAGGUUUAUCUCACAGACCUUCUGCACAAAUCGACAACCCACCAACAUGAAAUAUACCAUUAGUUAUGAACCCAUAGGUUACAUGAACUGGUACGAAAGAUAUCGAAUGUGCACGUAUAUUGCCAAUAGGGAGUACUAUUUCUUGAAUACCUGGAAAUCGACCGCCAAUUAA